GUGUUUCAACAGAUUGAAGUCGAUGAAUACAUGAAUUACAAUAUCCGCCAGCCCAUGAUCAGAAUGUAUGGCGUUACCAAGACCGGAAAUAGUGUUCUUUGUCAUGUGAAGGGAUUCUAUCCUUAUUUCUACUUUCCAGCUCCAAGAGGUUUUCAACAUAGUCAUCUUCCAGCAUUGAAGCAAUCUCUUUCGUCUGCGCUCGGAUUCAAUAAUGUCGUUCAUUCCUUGGAAAUUGUCAUGAAACAGAGCAUUUAUGGCUUCAAUGGCAACAAAAAGUCACCUUUUAUACGAGUCACAGUAUUGGAUCCAAGAGAUAUCUCAAAGUGUAAAAACAAGAUAGAAGCAGGUGUAUAUGUCCCUGGUUUGGAAAAUCCUUGUCAGUCUGAUACAACAUUCGAGAGCAAUCUUAGUUAUGUUCUUCGAUUUAUGAUUGACUGUAAAGUGACGGGCUCAAAUUGGAUUGAACUGCCUGCUGGGGCAUACUCCUUUUUGGAAACAAAGACAUCACAUGCACAAAUAGAAGUCGAAAUACAAUAUGACCAAUUCAUUAGUUAUACUUCAGAAGGCGAAUGGUCUGAUAUUGCUCCACUAAGAAUUCUAAGUUUCGAUAUUGAAUGCGCUGGUAGAAAGGGAGUAUUUCCUGAACCUAGUAUGGAUCCUGUUAUUCAGAUUGCAUCCGUUGUUCAAAUACAAGGUCAUAAAAAGCCGUUUAUCAGAAAUGUCUUUACAUUGGAUACUUGUGCAUCUAUCGUGGGCUCCCAAGUGCUAUCAUUCCAAGACGAGAAAGAACUUUUGCAAAAGUGGAGCGACUUUAUAAGAGAAGUUGAUCCUGAUAUGAUCAUUGGCUAUAACACCACAAACUUUGAUUUCCCAUACCUGCUGGAUCGAGCACAACACUUGGGAGUUACAAAGUUUCCAUUUUUAGGCAGAAUAAAAAACAUCAGAACAGAGGCAAAGGAUACAAAAUUUCAAUCUAAAGCCUUUGGUACUCGUGAAAACAAGUCAAUCAAUCUUGAAGGUCGCCUCCAAUUGGAUAUUCUUCAAGCUGUUCAAAGAGAUUAUAAACUUCGCUCAUAUACCCUCAACUCUGUUUCUGCAGAAUUUCUGGGCGAACAAAAGGAAGACGUGCAUCACUCGAUUAUUACUGAACUACAGAAAGAAUCUCCAGAAUCUCGUCGACGUUUGGCUGUUUACUGUCUAAAGGAUGCCUUUUUACCAUUAAGAUUGAUGGACAAGCUCAUGCUACUGUUCAAUUAUACAGAAAUGGCCAGAGUUACAGGUAUUCCCUUCAAUUACAUCUUGGUCCGUGGACAGCAAAUCAAGGUCGUAUCACAGCUAUACCGUCGUGCGCGUGAACAGGAUUUGGUUAUUCCUGUUAUCAAAUCAGAAAUGAUGGAUGAGCCAUAUGAAGGCGCUACAGUCAUUGAUCCUGAAAAAGGCUAUUAUGAUGUACCUAUUGCCACUUUAGAUUUCACGUCACUGUAUCCAUCCAUCAUGCAAGCUCACAACUUAUGUUAUACAACGCUCGUGAAGCCUGAUGUUGUAAGAGAACUGGGUCUGGUCAAAGAUGUAGACUAUGAAGUGACUCCUAACAACGAUAUGUUUGUUAAACCAAACCAAAGAAAGGGACUGCUUCCAGAAAUUUUAGCUGAUCUCUUGAGUGCUCGUAAACGCGCUAAGAAUGAUUUGAAAAAAGAAACUGAUCCCUCUAAGCGCGCUGUGUUGGAUGGAAGACAGUUGGCACUGAAGAUUAGUGCCAACUCUGUUUAUGGUUUUACUGGUGCCACUGUUGGAAAGCUGCCGUGCCUUCAGAUAUCUUCUAGUGUCACUGCCUACGGCCGUGCAAUGAUUUUGAAGACAAAAGAAGCAGUAGAAGAACACUUUUCGAAAAAGAAUGGAUACAAGCAUGAUGCCAAGGUUAUCUAUGGUGAUACAGAUUCAGUCAUGAUCAAGUUUGGUGUGGAUAACUUGAAAGAAGCAAUGGAAUUGGGCAGAGAAGGAGCCAGAAUUGUGACUGAAAAGUUUAUUCGUCCUAUUAACCUUGAUUUUGAAAAAGUUUAUUUCCCAUAUCUGCUGAUUAGCAAAAAAAGAUAUGCUGGGCUCUAUUGGACAAGAGAAGACAAAUAUGAUAAACUAGACGCUAAAGGUAUCGAGACUGUUCGACGUGAUAACUGUCGUCUUGUGCAGAAUGUUGUUGCCAAGUGCCUUGACAAGCUGUUAAUUCAGCGUGAUGUGGAAGGCGCAAAAGCAUUUGUGAAACAAACUAUUGCAGAUCUGCUACAAAACAAGGUGGAUCUGUCGCAACUGGUCAUCACCAAGGCACUAAGUAAGUCUGAUUAUACUAACAAGCAACCUCACGUUGAACUGGCUGAACGCAUGAGAAAGCGAGACCCUGGGUCUGCCCCUGCUCUUGGUGAUCGAGUUGCUUAUGUGAUUAUUAGAGCAAGCAACAACACCCCUACGUAUGAAAGAUCAGAAGACCCUCUCUAUGUGUUGGAUAACAAUAUUCCUAUCGAUACCAAGUAUUACCUUGAGCACCAACUAUCAAAUCCAAUCAUGCGUAUCUUUGAACCCAUUCUGGGUGAUAAAGCAGAUAGUCUAUUGAAUGGUGCACACACUCGUACAGUGAACAUUGCUACCCCGACUGUAGGAGGUUUAAUGCGAUUUACAGUGAAAACAGCCACUUGUCUUUCAUGUAAAGCAGCACUUCCCAAGGGCGAUAAUUCAGCAACAUGUAAACAAUGUAGAGAUAAAUUACCCGAACUGUAUCAACAUCACCUCAAUAACUUGAACGAACUUGAAGUCAAGUUUUCAAGGCUAUGGACACAAUGUCAACGAUGCCAACAAUCACUGCAUCAGGAUGUUAUUUGCUCAAAUAAUGACUGUCCCAUCUUUUAUAUGCGUAAAAAGGUGCAGAAGGACAUGAAUGAAGUAACUGAGAAACUAAACAGAUUUGACUAUGAAUGGUAAAUAAAGACAAGCUCUUAGCGGACUUUAAACAUGAUUGUUUCCUUUUCUCUCUCUUUUAUUUUCUAAUGACCAAAAGACCAUUAGAAGACGCCAGUUUUGCAAACGUGUUACGGCAGAAGCCAAAAGAAGAUAUCUUCUUUAAGCAUCAAAAU